CUGCGCAGGCGCGCAAAGAUGCCCUCUCUUUAACCCUUUACGACACACACGCACGGCUGCGCAGCAGCAGUCAGGCCGGGGCCGGGCCACAGCAUCAUCAGCAGCAGCAUCAGCAGCAUCAGGAUCGUCACCACACGUACUUUACGCACACUGGAUGAACAGAGGCAGAGACCCGUGCAGGAUGAUGCUUACGCCGGCUUCGAGUGUCUUUCUCUGCGGCUUUAUUUUCCAGGUAGCAGCGGUCUGGUCACCGGUGCUGCCGUAAAAUGUACUGGAGCAGACCGGGCGUGCUGGUCGGCCUUGGUCAGCUCGGCUCGCCUCUCAUCUGUAUAUUCUAGUACUUUUCAUUGCGCCGUUAUUAUUUCCAGGUCAAAACCUCGGUUUCCUGUGCGGCUUGUUUGUACUAAAAAUGGCCGGAGAUGGCGGCGCUCUGAAGGAUAUCAAUGAUAUUAAAUCACAGUUCCGGACCAGAGAGGGCUUCUACAAGCUGCUCACCCUCUCGGACUCGCAGCAGCGGGGCGGACUGCCGCGGGGUCCCACCGCCGGAGCCACGCUGGGCCCCGGGCCUGGACCCGGUCCGAUACCCGGUGGAGGUGUCGGUCUGCUGCAGGGGCCCGGAGCCGCCCCGCAGCAGCGGCAGCGUGCGCCGGCUGCCUCCUCUUCUUCCAAUGCCGCCGCUAACUCCUCUCCGGCGGGCUUCCUGCCACCGGUUCGGGUCUCCAUGGUCAAGCUGCAGCCUGAAGACCCGAGCGAGGACUCGGAGAGAGUGUGCUUUAACAUCGGCAGGGAGCUGUAUUUCUACACAUACACCAACAUCAAGAAGGCUGUGGACCUCAGUAAGCCCAUAGACAAGAGGAUCUACAAAGGGACUCAGCCCACGUGUCAUGACUUCAACCAGUAUUCAGCCACGGCAGAGAGGGGCGCUCUCAUCGUGGGGGUUUCAGCAGGGCAGUUCCAGUAUCUCGACCCGAUCAAGAAGGAGACCAGUAAACUCUUCAACGAGGAGAGGCUGAUAGACAAAUCCAAGGUGACGUGUCUAAAGUGGCUUCCUAAGUCAGAGAACCUAUUCCUGGCCUCCCAUGCCAGUGGCCACCUCUACCUCUACAACGUGGACCACCCCUGUGGCACCACGGCUCCACAGUACUCACUGCUGCGACAGGGCGAAGGGUUUGCAGUUUAUGCCUGCAAGACCAAGACGCCACGCAACCCUCUGUUGAGGUGGGCCGUGGGCGAGGGCGGCCUUAACGAGUUUGCUUUCUCUCCCGAUGGUGUCCACGUGGCGUGUGUCGGUCAAGAUGGCUGCCUGCGUGUCUUCCACUUUGACUCCAUGGAGCUGCAGGGUGUGAUGAAGAGCUACUUUGGGGGGCUGCUCUGUGUGUCAUGGAGUCCUGAUGGGAAAUAUCUCGCCACAGGAGGAGAGGACGACCUCGUUACCGUCUGGUCGUUCGCAGAAAGCAGAGUCGUAGCAAGGGGUCAUGGCCACAAAUCGUGGGUCAAUGUCGUGGCCUUUGACCCCUUCACAACCUCUUUAGAAGAUGAUGAGCCCAUGGAACUAAGUGGCAGUGAGGAGGACCUCCACCAGGGGGUACAGAACAAUUCCAUGCACUUCGGCCGAGUACGAACAAGCAGCACGUUGUCGCGUCUUUCUCGGCACAGCUCUAAGGGCGGGGGCUCGGCCUCGGUCACCUACCGCUUUGGCUCAGUGGGGCAGGACACUCAGUUCUGCCUGUGGGACCUGACUGAUGACGUGUUGUACCCACGUCUACCACUGUCUCGCGCCUUUACUAACACAUUCGGCCCGUCACUGUCUAACUCUGGAAGUGUGGUUGCUAACAGCAUCUCGGGUGGGGGAGGAAGUGGAGGGGUUGAAGGGCACCAUCACCCACCAAUCACCAACACAGGCACAUCCAACCCACCCACCCUUCCCUUACCACUUCCUCGCUCCCUCUCACGAUCCAACUCGCUGCCCCACCCAGCAGUGGCAAACACUUCCAAGAGUCAGGGCACCACGGAGGGCGGGGGAAGUGGAGGCGGUGGCGGCAGCAGUGGCACAGGGAACAGCACUCCAUUCAGUAUAGGCCGCUUUGCCACGCUGUCGCUCCAGGAGCGCAAGUCGGACAAGUCUGGCGGCAGCAGUGGGGUGGAGAAGGAGCAUAAGAGGUACCACAGCCUGGGCAACAUUAGCAAAAGCAAUGACAAGAUCAACGUGGCGCCGCGAAGCAAUCGCCUGGACGCUGCUAAGGUUCUGGGCACCACACUGUGCCCACGCAUGAACGAGGUGCCGCUGCUAGAGCCGCUGGUGUGCAAGAAGAUCGCACAUGAGAGGCUGACGGUCCUGGUCUUCAUGGACGACUGCAUCAUCACAGCCUGCCAAGAGGGUCUCAUCUGCACCUGGGCACGGCCAGGGAAGACGAACUUGACAGCACAGAAUGGGAACUCUCCGAGCGGCACGGUGGUAUAGCUGGAGGAGAAGUUUGCACUGGUUCGUUCCUCCAUGUCCUCCAUCGUUCCUGUCGUCUUCUCUCGGCUCAUCUUCUACAUUAUCAGUCUGUGCCCACUACUCAACUGCAGUAUUAUACACUACGACUCAGUGUGCUUGCUCUGAUCAAAAACAUGUUCCCCCUGUCAACUUUACUCUCACGGUGGCCUUGACUUGUCAGAAAACCAA